AUGUCCUUUGGCUUCAGCGCUUCGACAAACGCCAUGAGUGGAGAUGUGAAAGCAGGGCCUGACCUGGAGACGAUUCAGACAGAGGCUCUCGGGUUCCUCUCCAUCGCCGGCGAUGCCAAGGUUCGCCUCACGUCCACCUGGGAGACGCUUCCUGCCGCCACCUCCUCGCUCCUCAGUGUCGCCUCGAAACGAGGUCUGGUUGCUGCCGCCGGCCCCGACCAACUCGUCAUCGCCACAACGGAAUCGAUACGAAAAGCUUUCGAAGCCCCCAAAGAUGGCGACUCGGACAUUCGCGCCUUUGAGCCCCAGCUCAAGAUUCCCAUGUCCAUGAGGGUCUCGCAACUCGUCUUCACUUCCGACGAGAACUACCUGGUGCUGUCCGCAGAAUCUGGCGGUGGCCUUGCUGUCUACGAGGUGUCGAGUCUUCUUCAAGGCUCUACAAAUUCCGCGUUUGAGCUGUCGACCAACGGAGAGGCGCUGAGGGCGCUGGUGCCGAAUCCCACUGUUCCGGAACUCUGCGCCAUCGUCACAAAUGGCGGCAACCUUCACAUGGCCAAUCUCCAGGAGCGGAAAAUAAGCAAUGCGCUCAAGACGCAAGUCAGCUGCAUCAGCUGGAGCUCAAAGGGCAAGCAGCUCUGUGCUGGACUGGCGGAUGGAACCAUCCACCAAAUGACGCCCGAAGGAGAGGGCAAAGCCGAUAUUCCCAAACCUCCCAACGUGGACAACUGCCACGUCUCCUCGCUCACAUGGCUUGAGAACAACCUCUUUCUUGCUAUCCACACCACCAACGACUCGCCCCCAUCUUCCAUCUACCACAUCAUCACACGCCAGCCUCCUUCAUCCUUCACCUACCAGAAACUUACAGACCCGGUUGAGCCUUUCGGGUCAGACAAGACCCCCCAUCACUCUAUCCUGAGACUAAGAGACUUCCCUCCCGACCUCCAGGACCUCCUCAUUGUCUCUUCUACAGCGUCAACCGACAUCGGUUUGCUAACGCGGUCGAAGAAUGCGCUGGCAACCGACAAACCCGCCGAGUCCAUAACCGGCGUCUUCACAACCACCGAGUUGCUUGAUGACUCCAAGCGACCAACCCUUCCAAUGACCGAUUCUAUGGAGGACUCUACGCCCAUCGGCAUUGCGUUGGAUUUGUCUAGCAAGGACAAGGUGUACAAGCCGAUACCGUCCGAUGAGGAGCUUGAAGAGUCUCCUACUCCUUUGCCAGGCUUCUGGGUUCUCACUCACGAAGGUGUGCUUUGCUCGUGGUGGAUCAUCUAUACCGACUCUAUCAAGAAGGGUACGGCUUAUCCUGGAUUGACGGCAGUCCAAGGAGAUGCGGCGUCUGCGCCGGCAGCAGCUGCGUCUUCCGCUUCGCCAUUCUCUGCCGCGGGAGCCUCACCAUUUGCUUCAGCAACUCCAGCAGCUCCUGCUUUCGGCUCGGCAGCAUCGCUUGGCCAGAAGGCGUCUCCCUGGGGCUCGGGAGGUUCUGGCACCGCGGCCGCACCAAGUGCUGGUGGAGGGGCUUUUGGAUCGAGUGCUUUCGGAUCAGCACCUUCGGCUGGUGCAGCGUUUGGGAAGCCGAGCGCCCUAGGAUUUGGCCAGGCGGCGCCCCUUGGUACCCGGGCCUCUCCUUGGGCAUCCGCUGGUGCGGGAGCAGGGUCAACAUCGGCAGCCCAGCCUGCGUUUGGUCAGUCGGGCUUUGCAAGUUUCGCAAACAAGGCCCCUCAGAGUGCCUUUGCAACCGCAGCUCAGUCCUCCACGCCUGGCUCUUCUGGAGGCUUUGCUAGCUUUUCUACCCAAGGCGGGUUUGCAUCCCUUGCCGGUAGCAGCGGUAACACCGGAGGUAGCGUCUUUGGUAGCGGCGGUAAGCUUGCCGGUACUGGGAGCGCUUUCGGAUCAACCUCGACAGACACGGCCUUCCCGCCAAAGCCUUCAGGAAGCGUCUUUGGAUCUGCCCAGGAGAAGCCAUCUGGCAGCGUCUUUGGUUCUACGCCUUUCAAGCUAGAGAGCUCGUUCAAGCCUGACCCAGCUCAGGCAGAGAAUGACACAGCGCCAGCACCUUCUGGCUCGUCCAUGUUUGGGUCGGCUUUUGGGUCGGCCCUCAAUGAUGCGGGUAGCAAGGCGCCCGACGCUUCUGCGACGGCCAAAGACGAAGACAUGGACACCGGCGAAGUGUCUCCAGGAACCGAAGUUGAAUCUACAACACCGUCAGCAACGCUUGGGUCGGGCUCAAAGUUUGGUGCUGCGCCAACGAGCGGCACAACUUCAAUCUUUGGGGCCAAAACCGAGCCCCCCAAGACCACGAGCGGCGGUUUGUUUGGAUCAGGAGGAGCCACUCCCAAACCGACGGGUUCGAGUGUCUUUGGGUCUUUUGGAAGCGCUUCAAAGCCCGCCACCACUUCCGGUCUCUUUGGUUCUGCGUCCAAACCCGACGACGACUCCAAGACCCCUACAGCGAAGAGUGUGGAAACAUUCAGCGCACCUCUUCCUCCCGACGCAACCAGCAAGUCUUCGUAUCAGAUUGGAGAGUCCACUCUCUUCUCCGCCGCUGCCAAGGAUACGGCUGCGAAGAGCAAGGGAGCAGACUCGUCAAGACCAAACCCGUUCCUCACAGCUUCCAAACCGUCCGAGGAGAAGCCAACAGUCAUUGAAGACGCUCCCCUACCGCCCGAUCCUACCAAGUCGAGCUUUACCUCAAAGUCUAACAAGGCUCCCUCUCCUCCCAGCUUCGAGCUCCCUUCUUCCACGAAAAAGGCCCAGCCGAGCUUGCCCUCUGCUCCAGAGCCUGCUUCCGACGAGGACGAGGAGCAGGAGGAGGAAGAAGAGGAAGAAGAGGAGGAGGAGGAGAGCGACUUGAGCGACAAUGCCUCCGAGGGUAGUGGUGUGGACGUGGCUCGAGACCUCGGACUGGGAGCUGGCACGCCUAAGAGCUCUGCAGAAGCCACUCGACCACUCUUUGGGGAGGUCGGCCGAUCAACCCCUUCGAGUUCUCAGCCAGCCGCCACAGCUCCUGCCCGUGCCCUUUCGUCAGAAGCCAAUAGGUCUGCCAGCGCACCAGGCGUUUCUUCUCAGCAGGUAGCCCCGAAGAGAGCGCAGCUCGUCGCAUCAAGUGCGGCAGCCAAGGACAAGACGGCGGCCGAGGAUACAUUCAUCGCGCAGUCGAGGAAGCUGAGGGAGCGACAACAAGCCGAGGAGAGUCGGCUGUUGAUUGAUGAAGAAGAUGAGGAGGUGCAGAGAGUUCUGGCGUCUGAAGUCGAAGGCACACUGGAGUUGGACGAGUUUAUUGCUCACUCCAACAUCGCACCGCCGGCCCAGGAGAGCAUCCCUGCCCAAGUUGAGGCGGUGUACCGGGAUAUCAACUCGAUGAUUGACACACUGGGACUCAAUGCCCGCUCCGUGAGGGCCUUCAUCAAAGGCCAUACCGACAACCGCGUUCCCGACGGUCGGUCUCCAGAUGACCUUGAGGAUCCGGAUGACUGGGUACUGUGCGAAAUCAGCGACCUGGGCGAGAUCAUCGACGUUGAGCUGUUUGGCGAUCUGGACGAAGGCCGAGUGCAGGACCUCCCCGACAAGCUCGAGGCCUGCCAGGAACUCGCCAGAGACAUGCACCGACUCCGAGCCAAGCAGGAAGAUCUGAAGCGGAUCAUCAUGACGCGGGUCGAUCCCAACCAGGCAGAUGCUGCGCGGUCGCUCCCUCUUAGUGCAGAGCAGCAGGCGCAGCAGAAUGACUUGAGGCGGGAGUAUACCAACUUUUCAAAGCUUCUCGCCGAAGCGGAAGAAGCAUUGACCCUCCUGAAGACUCGCAUUGCAUCGCUCUCUGGCGCCUCUGGUAGGGGUGCUACCAACGCUCCCACCGUGGAGGCUGUGAUGAAGACGAUUACCAAGAUGACCAGCAUGGUGGAGAAGCGCAGCGGAGACAUUGACGUGUUGGAGACGCAGUUGCGAAGGAUGCGGCUGGAGCCUCCCAGCCGAGAAGAGUCUCCCUUCCGGACACCGCAGGCAAGGCGGAGCAUCUUGCUCUCUCCGGAGGCGACGCCCUCUCGCAGCUUGCGCCAGAGUAUCUCGGGCAGCGUCAUGUCCUUUGGGACUCCCGUCAAGGCGGCGACGCCACGGAAGAAGGUCACCGGCUUCAGCAGGGAAGAAAAGGGAGAGUUGAUGGACAAGAGAGCCAAGCGACAAGCGGUGCUCGGCAGACUGAAAGAGAGCGUGCAGAAGAAGGGCGUCAGUGUGUGGAAUAUGGAAGACAUUGAAUGA